ACACUGCACGAUACACUUCUGAUAAAUGAAUAUAACAAUUUAACUUAUUUUUCAAGCCAAUACACGCCACCAAACACAAUUACACGCACACACAUACACACACACGUACACACUCUCACAAACCCACGUCACUUACAAAAUCGUCAUUAAGUGAACAAAAAAAGUGUUCUGAGACCUUUAAGUGUUCAAAAGACUAGAAGAAAAGGAGAAAGAAGAAAGAAAGAGAACAAGAAGGAAAGGAAGAAAAGAGGAGAGAGUCAAACUAACUGAGGAAUAUAAAAAAAGUGUUGAAAAGAAAAUAUAUAAAGAAUACAAAAGCGAGAGAAAAAAAAAACUGAACACCAAUAAUUAUAUGGAAAAAAAAAUACUAAGAAACAAAACCACUGAAAAAUAAACUCGGAUUAGAAAAAAAAAGGUCCAGAAAUAAGAGAACCUUGAUAAAACAGGACAAAGAGAGAAAAAUAAGACAGAGGGGGAAAAAAGGUAAACUGAACCUAAAAGAAAAAAAAACCUACUUAUCAUCCACGUCAUUUGGAACACGAUAAGAAAGGAACCAGGAAACGUGUGUGUGUGUGUGUGUGUGUGUGUGUGUGUGUGUGUGUGUGUGUGUGUGUGUGUGUGUGUGUGUGUGUGUGUGUGGGCGCGUGCGGGCGUGUAAAGAGACAUGAGGCAAUGGUCGUACUGUGUGUCGUUGAAGUGACUCCUUAGCUCUGCCACUACUACUACUACUACUACUACUACUACUACUACUACUACCAGCCCACCAUGGCGCCGUCCCCGCUGCUCCUGCUACGACCUAACUAUCUACAAGUCGUUCUCGUCGUCCUCGCCUCCGUCAUCGCUACUCUAACUGCGCGUCAGUUUGAAGGGGUACACGCUCGCUUACCGCCAGGAUACCCGAAGAAGUACCUGAAGGAGGAGAGUGUACCGUACCCCGGGGCCAGGUACGGUACCCACACCUAUCCACACUACCCCUGGAAGGAGGCCACACCCAUGUACCUCGACUACCUCACUAAUAGGGAAGGCAACACGCCCCCGGCCACCCACCACAAGUAUCACGCCCCUGGGAAUUACAUAGGGUACCCUGAGAGUAACGUAGGGUACCCGCCGAACACUGUGGUGGGGUACCCUAACUAUGGAUACCCCGUGGUGGAGUCCUCGCCCAAUGACGUGGUGAACCAGACCUUCGUCACCCCGUGGGACGCCGCAGUGUGGGACCAGCCGCUGGACCCCAAUGUGUGCCGCACCCUCGGGGGACUCACCAGGCCCCAGCUGCAGGUGUGCAAUAGGAACAGAGACAUCGCAGGGGCGGCGGCCAUCGGACUGACGCUGGCGGUGCGGGAGUGUCGGCGGCAAUUCGCAAAUCACCGCUGGAACUGCACGGCGCUCACCACGCCCUCCAACAACCCCCACACGGCGGCCAUCAUGACGCGAGGGUUCAGCGAGAGCGCCUUUGGUCACGCCAUCACCGCUGCCGGGGUGACACACAGUGUGGCCCGCGCAUGCGCAGCGGGGCGCCUCUACAACUGUUCCUGCGGCGUGGUGCGGGGGAAGAGGGCCUGGAAGUGGAGUGGGUGCCAUGACAACACCCGCUUCGGCGCCCGCUAUUCCAGACGGUUCCUGGAUGCGAAGGAGCGGGCGCGGGACAUGAUCACCUUCACACACCUGUACAACAACGAGGUCGGCAGAAAGGUGGUGCGGCGAAACAGGGAGGUGCGGUGCAAGUGUCACGGUAUGUCAGGAUCGUGCGAAGUGAGGACUUGCUGGAAGGCUGCCCCGGACUUCCGCCGCGUCGGGGACAUGCUCAAGGAGAAAUACGAGGAAGCCAAGUCCGCCGCCGCUGAGGUCUUCGGCAACACAGCCAACACAGCUCGAAAGUACCGCCCCGUCAGGAGAGAAAUCAGCCCGGAAUCUCCGCUUCUCUUCGUGGAACGCUCGCCAACUUACUGCAACAAUGACUCGCGGCUGGAGGUGGCGGGAACUACGGGGCGCCACUGCAACCGAACCUCCACGGGGCCUGACUCCUGCGACACGCUUUGCUGCGGGAGAGGCUACGACCAGCGGCGGGAGGUGGUGACGCGGAAAUGCAACUGUCGCUUCAAGUGGUGCUGCCAAGUGACCUGUAUGGACUGCCUAGAGGAGACGUGGAUAUCCGUGUGUAAGUGAGCAAGUGACGCUACGAGGCGGAAAAGUGUAGCGGGUGUAAGUCGAUAUUCUGACACGAACGUUAAUUCCCGUUGCCGCUCUUUCCUCUUCGUCUUUGCGCAUCGGCGAGGACUUCAAGGAAAGCCCGAGUGAGAGAGGAAAUACGAGGGUUGACAGAAGUGACGGUGAUAACUGUCGGGAAACUCAAACAGUGAAACAUGAUACGAGAGAUGUUUGAUGUUCAUUGGAUUUCUCUCUGUCUGUCUCCUCCGAGAACUGGAGUGUUUGUGAGGAGUGAACGAGUUGUGACAGCUUCCUCCUCGCCAUUAUGUGAACGUACAGAUAAAACCGAGAUAUGAGGUAAAUACGUACCUAUGUGUAAAUCAUGAAAAAAAAUAUAUAUACUUCUGCAGAAA